CCGAGGUCAUUCAGAAAAAAAAAAAAAACAAGAACCAGGUAUAAUCUACUCCUAGUCCUAGUAGAGUGAUUAGCAGACGAUCGAGUGAAAUGAGAGAAUCUCAUUCUGUGUCUCUGCGUGUGAGAGGGAGCGAGAGAGAGCGCCACUUAAAAUAGAGGAUGUGCUCGGCUCGGCUCUAGCACCAGCCACCUCGCUCGUCUUCCACCUCAGCUCCUCCUGCACUAGUGCAUUUCCACCGCCAGCCAGCCAGCUCCGGCGGCCGGAACAUAUACCGAUGGCACUUUAACAGGUUCCUCCGAUCCGGUCCACGGCCAGGUUCCGGCGCCGGUGUGACAAGUGGUCGUCGAUCCAUACCGAUACCAUACUACCCGUAAUGGGGGAAGCAGCAGCAGCAGAGGAGGGCUGCUCGGCCGGCUGCUCCUUCUCCUCCUCCCUCAUGUGCCUGGAGGACGGCGCCGACCUCGACGCCGCCGGCGGCUCCGCGGAGGGCGCCGGUGACGUCGGCAGGCUGGCCGCCUUUCUUUACGGCGACGCCGGAGAGGACCACGACCAGGAGGAGUACAUGGACCACCUCGUGUCCAAGGAGACCAGCUUCUGCUGCUCCCCUUCCUCCUCCUCGCCCGUCUUCUCCGACGCCGGCGCCGAGCCAUGCCCUUCGUCCACGGCUUCCUCCGACGAGUGGUUCCGUUGCGCGCGCCGCGCCACCGUCGAGUGGAUCUUUGAGACGCGGGCUUACUUCGGCUUCUCCCACCGCACGGCGUACCUGGCCGUCUCCUACAUGGACCGCUUCUGCCUCCGCCGGUGCAUGGACAGUUCAGUGAUGCCCUGGGCGGCGCGGCUGCUGGCGGUGGCGUGCGUGUCCCUGGCGGCGAAGAUGGAGGAGUACCGCGCGCCGGCGCUGUCCGAGUUCCGCGCCGACGACGACUACGACUUCUGCAGCGUCUCCAUCCGGCGCAUGGAGCUGCUGGUGCUGUCCACGCUGGGGUGGCGCAUGGGCGACGUCACGCCACUCGACUACCUCCCCUGCCUCUCCUCCAGGCUACACCGAGAUGGCGGUACCGGCGACGGCGUGCUCGUCGCCGCCAAGGCCGCCGCACUUAUCUUCUCCGCCGCGGAAGCUGCCAGCGUGCUGGACUACCGGCCGUCCACCGUGGCCGUCGCCGCCGUCCUGGCGGCGGCGCACGGCGCCAUGGCAAAGGAGGCGCUCGAGUCCAAGAUGAGCAGCCUCUCUCCGUCCUGCCUGCUCGACAAGGACGACGUGCACGCCUGCUACAGCACGAUGCUGGGCGAGAGCUCGUCGUCGGCAACGGCGACGCCGAGCAAGCAGGCGGCCAAGAAGAGACCGCCGCCGCCGCCGCCGCCAGCCAGCAGCUCCGGCUCGACGUCGCACGAGUCGGUCGGCGACUACGCGGCCUCCUCGCUCGCGGCCGCGGCGGAGAGCAACAAGAGGCCGCGGCUGGAGCUGCCGGCCGUCGUCGGCCCAUGAGAAGCACCGCCCGCCGCCGGGACACGACCGUUUUUUUCGCCGGUUGUCCUGUGCCGUGCCGAGGGCCGGGCGGGACCAAUCUUCUUCACCAAAUGCAGUUUUUUUUCCCCCAGCUUUGACUUUUCAGUUGUUUGAUUGAUUGAUCACGCGCCGCGCGCUGCUGGAGAAACGGUGACCGGCAGUGCCGCCGUGUUGGAGAUGGAUAUGGAGAGCUUUGGUUUGGAUCCUUGUGGCUUUGUGAGUGACUUGUGAGAUUGAAGAUGGCGAGAGAGCACGAAGAAGAAACAAAACAAGAGGACAGAAGAAAAAAAAAGUCUCGAGCUUUUCUGAGGAGAGGAGAGGUCGAGGAAAUCUCCACCGACCACCACCACACCACGGCACCACCGGGGAUGAGAAGCCCGAAGCCGGUAGGCCCGGCGGCGGCGGCCAUUCUGCUGCUGGUGGUGGCCCGUGGCCGGCGGCUAGUUGGAUCUCCAUGGUGCUGGUGCUGGUAGCUGCGGCGUCGCAAGCGAGCGGCAUCGGCAUGGCCCCAUGGCUGGCGAAAGUGGAUGUGUACAUGCGCUGUGCGUGAAGAUGGUGACCCAGCGAGAGGGGGUGGUUUCCUCCUCGCAGACCUGUACUGUACCACGUGAUUCUCUUGCUCUUUUUUCUCGCCCCUGCUGGCUGCUGCUGCUACUGGUACUUGCUAGUAGAUGCUACUGCACUGUCUUGAUCUGUAGGAGUAGCGAGUUGUAACUGUAAUGUAACCCUACUACAUGGCUCUGAGAAGAGACGCAUUGGGUAUCAGCAGACUCAAAGCUACAUCUGGGGUCUGGAGCUCGAUGGUGCUCCAUGCAGACAUGAUGUACUAGAGCAUCAGCUGGCAGUGCCGUCCAGUUCAGAACUCGAUCA